CAUCAUUUAUUUGUUAAAUUGGAAAAGCAAUACUGCUGUAGCAGGAAAUGAGCUUUUCUUCAAGCAUCUAUUCAUUUCUGUAUCAUAUUUUUUUUAUUUUACAAAUCAAUAGCUGCAGGUUAUUAUUCAAACGUGAUUACCGUCGAUAUUGCGCCCAUUAUUAGUUUCCUUACAUUAUGCUGGGGCUUUGUGGGAGACCUAUUGACUUCAGGUAACAAAGAAAAUAGACGAGGAUCAGUAAUAAGAAGGAAAUAAGGCAUGCCAUUUCCGUCCAUGUGACAUUUUAACAGCUCUGCAACUGUGAUGAUCAGCAGAGAAAAAAUAAAAAUAAUUCAAAAGGAAUAAUGGGAUUUAGUGCUUCAAAUAUAUUUCUUAUCAUGGUAGUAUUCACAAGAAUUUCAAACGGAAAGCAGUGUCUUAAGAACGAUGACAUUGGAUGGAGGGAAGGAAAUAUCUACGAAUGUUUGGACCCACUAUACCCAGCCUGCUGCGAAGUGUACAGAAAGUUUACAUGUUGUGAAGAACCAAGAAAUAAAAAUAUGCGGGAACAGCUACAACUGUGGGGGACACUCUCGUUGAUUGCUCUCCUAUUAUUGGUUGUUUAUUUAUAUUACAACAACGAUUCACAGCCCUGUUGUUCCUGCAGUUGUGAUGUUAUUCACGCAUUGGCGGCGUUUUUUAGACGUAUGCGCAAUACAUGUUCAAGAAGAAAGAAAACCUUUGAAGUGACAGAUGACAAAUAUCUGCAUGAAUCCAAAGGACUGCGUCAUACAAUACCUGGAAGCCAAUCCUACCAGACUAAUGCAUAUGAAAAAAUUAAUGUUACAUAAUGCAAAUACUUCGCAAUGUGGCUUUACAGAGAAAGGGAAAACCUAUUGUUUUACUGUCGCAUAGCUGAAUGAAAAUAUGAAACAAAAUACAAAAUGGGUCAAUUUUGAAAUCACGAGGUAUUAAUAAUCUCUUUACAAGGCAGCGAAAAUAACAAUGAAAUCUUUUCAGAAUUAUGAUUUAAACCGGGUUAAAUGUAUAAGAUAACAGUGACCGACGCUACCGUAAACCACUCGAACGAGUCUAACGUUCACUCUUUUUCCAUGACCAAUGAGAUCACUGUGCAUGUGACACUUAUUAAUCGUCGGCAAGAAGUCAAUAUAUUGUGGUAUAGUUGAUAACUUUCGCAUGCCCCAAGUCAGUGUUUACGACGUCUUGUAUUUUCCUCAUGUUGCUAACAGCUUUUCGUUUUCGGUAUUUCUCAGAUCUAUUGUUUAAUAGACCAUUAAAAAUGAUCUAUAUGGAAUAUGCAAUGUCACAUAUAAAUAAACGCCUAGUUCGGAUGAGAUUACUUUACUGUGAUACUCUGGUAUAAUUUAACUUAUUGCAUAUAAAACUAUGUAACUGCAAUGAAAAAAUCUGAAUUAAGUUUCCUUCUUAUAUGUCAUUGGUAAAUAGGAAAAAGUUUAAAAAUCCUUGAAUCCAUUGGAAUCUGCCCCAUUUAGGGACAUUUAGACCAGUUUUGUUAGAAACAUAAUGUACAAAUAUAUCAAGACCAUUUAUCAAUAAAAUAAAAUUAUUAUUGACAUACUUUCUCUUUCAAUCACCAAAUAAAACGAUUUUCUUAUUUGGAAAAGGUCAAUGUGAUAAGUGAUGAAGUAGUGAUGAAGUAGAGUGACAUAUAAACAUGGUUAUAAAAGUAUGUUACAGCCGUCAUCUUCUGAUGUAUGUCAUCAAUUAUUUGGUUUGUUCAUCUCCUUUGAUGAAUUUCUUAUCCCGCCUUGCCCCAAAUAAAUAACAAAUAAUGGAAGAGAUAGCGGUUAGGUGUGUUCAUAUUGUUUUCUAUGAAGCUUGUUACUAUUGCUUUUGUUAAUGUGAUGUAACGAAGUAAACUAAUAUUACACUAAAACAAUAUUCAAACAAUACACUCAAUUAAUUUUUGUUGUAUUUAUUGUUUUUCUAGUUUGUGUUUCUUUCUAUCUUUUAUAGCAAAUGAAUUAGUUCUCUUAAUUACAUUACUUAAUAUAUUUUUGUUCAAAAGUGAUCGAAAAUAAAGAACAUGUAUAUGC